AUGUCUACGGGGGCGAGGACUAUUUGCAGUCAUCAUAACUGUAAACAGUGCCACAGUAUCACCUAUGAUCUCGGCAAUGAAAACAACAAGGACCUCUCGAAAAAGUGCAAACUUCUUCUCGACGCUCGAUUCUGCUGUUCUGGCUACUUUCUCAACGAUGGUACCAUCAUGGCGUCCACAAACUGCUGGAACAUGGAAGGGUGUCUUUGCUCCAGCUAUCUGAAGAAGGAAAAUGUCUACGAAAGAAACAUCACUUCUGACUUUGAAAACUCAAUGCAAAAGAUCAACUUUGAGCAGCUAGAAUUCUGCGGCGCCGGAUAUCAAUUGAUCCAGUACGAUUUGCUGAUUUAUCUUUGCUCGGUGAUCGGCUUCGUUUGUUUCGUCACCUUUCUCUCUAUCCGGACAACAGUUGGGAUAUCCGAUAUUGACAAUACGCGCGACCAGAAGCUCAAAUCGACGACGGAAAACAUUGUCGAGGAGUAA